UGAGUAGAAGUCGCUUUAUUAUUUGAUCGUUAACGUUAAGCUUGUUUCCAUGUGGUCAACGUAUCAGACGUGCUCAUUUAAGUUAUUUUUAACCUUACCGGCUGCGCUGCAAAUUUAAUUAACGUUAUUCCCAAACCCUAUCGAGAACUUCGAUGGCUGCCAUCACUACUUGGAUCGCCCAUGUUUUUCUCUCUGUGCUUUUCUCCCUUGCUUACCUCUCGGUUAUUCGUGGAAGACUUGAUCAAGAUUACAGAGAUCAACUCUUAAGCUCAGCCCAGAAAGACAAAGAUUGGUUGGUUUCCAUCAGGAGGCAAAUCCAUGAAAACCCCGAACUCUGCUUCCAAGAACACAACACUAGUGCUCUUAUUCGUCAACAACUCGACCAAAUUGGCAUCCCUUACUCAUACCCCAUUGCCGGGACAGGCAUUGUCGCCCAAAUUGGCUCCGGUUCUAAACCCGUCGUUGCUCUUCGUGCUGACAUGGACGCUCUUCCUCUUCAGGAGCUUGUCGAAUGGGAACAUAAGAGCAAAAUAGAUGGCAAAAUGCACGCGUGUGGACACGAUGCUCACACUACCAUGCUCCUUGGUGCUGCCAAGUUGCUUAAUCAACGCAAAGAUAGACUUAAGGGAACUGCCAGACUACUUUUCCAACCUGCAGAGGAGGGAGGUGCUGGUGCAUCUCACAUGAUAAGAGAAGGAGCUCUAGGUGAUGCUGAAGCAAUAUUUGGAAUGCACAUAGAUAAUGGAAGCCCCACAGGAAGCAUAACGUUGGUUCCAGGGCCAGUCUUAGCUGCUACAUGCUUCUUUGAAGCCAAAAUAGAAGGAGUUGGUGGGCAUGCUGCAGGGCCUCAUUCUACUGUAGAUCCAAUUGUUGCUGCAUCCUUUGCAAUUUUGGCAUUGCAACAGCUAACCUCUAGAGAAGCUGAUCCUCUCCAUAGUCAAGUGUUAUCUGUUACUCUUAUCAGAGGCGGGUCUGCAUUCAACACGAUUCCACCAUAUGUUGAAUUUGGGGGCACUCUGAGGAGUCUCACCACCGAUGGCUUGCAUAAACUUCAACAAAGGUUGAAAGAGGUCAUAAAAGGACAAGCAGCCGUCCACAGAUGUAAUGCUUCUAUUGACAUGAAAGAAGAAGAAUUCCCACCCUAUCCUGCUGUUUUUAAUGAUGAUAGCUUGCAUCAACAUGUUCAGAAGGUUGGUAGGCUUUUGCUUGGACCUGAGAAUGUAAAGGUGGGCAAGAAGGUUAUGGCAGGAGAGGACUUUUCCUUCUAUCAAGAAUUAAUCCCUGGAUUCAUGCUAAGCAUUGGAAUUAGAAAUGAGGGAGUUGGCUCAAUUCAUCCACCCCACUCCCCUUACUUCUUUAUUGAUGAGGAUGCCCUUCCAAUUGGGGCAGCCCUAUAUACCGCUCUUGCAGAACUAUACCUUAAUGAGAACGAACAUUCUAUUUUACAUCAAAUAUUUUAAGGGCUUUAGAAGUAAUGAUUAAAAUCCUUUAUGCUCAUACAUUGAACCUGUCUGUAUAUGCAGUCAGAGGAAGUCCAACUUUCUGAAUCCUUGUAUACUUAUGUGCAGUGGCAAACGUCCAAUAGCUAGUGCAUUUGUGAAAGGUUCUGUUUUGAAGCUC